AUGUGUUCGAAUCACUGUGAUAAUUGUUACAACACAACGUAUUGCUUAUCAUGUAAUCCACAGUAUUACUUGUCAUCUUCUUUCACAUGUGAACCACUUGGCGAUUUAUUCACAAAAUGUGCAUUGACACUGCCAACAAGCGGUGGAUGUGCAAUUUGCAAAGACCAGUACUACAAACAAGAAGCUGAUUGUAUUUCUUGUGAUGAGUCGUGUGGUACUUGUGUUGAAAGUACUACUUGUUUGAGUUGUCAAACUGAAUAUUUCAAACUUCCAGGAAGUACAAGUAAAUUAUGUGUAUCCUAUGACAACUUGACUAAUUGUGCAAUUAAAACACCGAUUGGGUGUCUGUGGUGUGAAAAUGGAUAUUACUUGGAUAAUUACAUUUGCAAAAACUGUUCUGAUAAUUGCAUUUCGUGUGACAGCUAUCAAAAUUGUAAAAGCUGUGUUGAAAAGGAUUAUGUGUUGGUUGACUCGCAGUGUGUGGAUUACAAAAGUGUUGAGUUUUGUUUGUCUGCGAAUAAUUCAAAGUGCACAGAAUGUGAAGGAUUUCACGAACCAAGUGACGCUGGUGAUUAUUGUGUGAAAGUGACAAAUUAUGGGUUGGUAGUUGGUGCGCCAAUGACAGUCACUUUUGUGAUCAUAGUGUUUAUUGUUGCUAUUAUAAUGGUAAUCAUAUCGAUGAUACAAAAGAGAAAACAGAAGAAAAAAGAGCAGAACAUUUGCAACUUUAAGAUGAGUCGGUCAAACAUUGAGAUGAUGAAUUUGAGUGCAAAUUUGGUAACAAACAAGACAACACUGAAAUUUGAUUUAGACGAUAACGAAUUACUAAAAAUUGACAUUGAGACAAGAGAUUUGAUAUGUAUUGGGAAUGUGUCUAAAAGUAACUUGAAAGUUCAAUUCAGUGUGAUGGAAGGGUGUGACUAUUAUGAAAUAAGAAGUGUGCCACCACUUGUGACAUUGAAGCCUGGAUAUGCUUGUGAGUUUGAGAUUUUCAUCAAGCCGCUGUGUACUUGUGUUACUAAAGAACACGUGGCAAUUACUUCGUUAAAUAUAACAACUGGUGUCAUUGAAAACGCUAAAGUUGAAAUCGAAAUCGAAACAGAACAAACAACCAAAUUGAAUUACAGAGAAAUCAUAGAAGACGAGAAGCUUGGCGAAGGCAGUUUUGGAAUUGUCUACAAAGGGCAAUACAGAGGAGUUUGUGUUGCUAUAAAAAAGAUGAAACAACUUGAUAACAAUGAAAAUGGUCUUUUAGAAUUUGAAAAAGAAGUUGCCAUGCUAGACAAGUUCCGAUGUGAUUACAUCAUCCACUUCUAUGGUGCUGUAUUUAUACCCAACAAGGUCUGUAUGGUCACCGAAUUUGCAGGAUUUGGAAGUUUACAAGACUUGAUGAAACACAAAACAAGUGAUGAAAUUGAUAUGAAGUUGCGAACCAAAUUGUUACUAGACGCAUCGAUUGGUAUUCAAUAUUUACACGAGAAUGGAAUUUUACACAGAGACAUCAAACCAGACAACUUCCUUGUGUUAUCACUUGAUGUGAAUGAAAAAGUGAAUGCUAAACUGACUGACUUUGGGUCAUCAAGAAAUGUCAAUAUGCUGCAAACCAACAUGACCUUCACGAAGGGAAUUGGAACACCAAUUUACAUGGCGCCUGAAAUUUUAAAACAAGAGAAGUACAAGAAGAGUGCUGAUAUUUAUUCUUUUGCAAUGACUAUGUUUGAGUGUUUCAGGUGGAAAGAUGCUUAUGACAAAAUAGAAUUCAAGUACCCAUGGAAAAUCGCAGACUUUGUAACUGGUGGAAAUCGUCUUAAUAAAUCCGAAUUACUUAAUGAUGAACAAUAUGAAUUAAUAACAAAAUGUUGGGCUCAUGACAAAGAAGAAAGAACUAAUAUCGAAACUGUUAGAGAAAAGCUUCAAAAAAUGAUUAAGUGA